AUGGCGUCAAACUCUUACCCAGCAGAGGCAGAGACUUGGGCAUGUCCGAAAUGCCCGAAGAGUGGGUUCAAGUCCCAGGGCGCUGUCAGCGCGCACUUCAUGGCCAAGGGCCACGAUCUCCAUUGCACAAUUUGCAACAGAGGUUUUCAAACCGCUAAGGGCUUCAUUAAGCACCAUAAACAACAUCUGAAUUCCGACAGAUCUUCGUUUUCGCCCACACGGGCCAGUGUGACGACUGCGGCUUCACUUCCUAGAAAGCCCAAAAUCACAGAGAACUCUCUUCAGCCGUCGGAUUCAAAACAUCAAACUGCGUCGCCUAUUAUUCUUAGGCGGCCGGCUACAAAAAAGCACCAGGCUCCUCAACAUGAGCGUGAUGAACUUCUUAAGCGCUCUGCCACGAAGCCUCAAGUUGAAGACGUGCCUAAGCAAAAUCUCAAAUCUCGGCAGAACAGUUCCAAAUCCCCGGCUUCAAAAACCGAGCUGUUUCUGCAUUCAAUCCCUGAACGCCCGGCAAUGGAUCAAGCCCGCCAGGACAUGGUCCAUCUUAUAGACCAAGCUGUCCAAAAACGUUCAAAUCCACUGCCAAGGGCUUCAACUCCGAUGACUUUAGGAUUUUCAGGUCUCGCAAUUCGUCUCCCGACAUUGGGCUCUGUCGCCGAGGUCCAAGACACCUGUACGGAUCUCUCUCAAGCUCAAUCGAUACAUCGCCAUGUCAUGCUUCAAGUUCAGGAGCAAGACGUGUUGUUUCAAGAGCUGUCGACAAGAUGUCACUCAGACCGAGUCCUCAUCACCGAGGGUUAUAGACUUGGCACUUUCUCUGUGCCCAAGAAGAUGGCCGAGCAAAAGCCUCAUUUUAAGAAUACCAAAAGGACGAAUGUCAAGACGGGUCCUUCUCCAGCACCCGUAAUUCCGUCAAUAAGCUUCGUGCCCACGCCUCAGCAUCUGCCAAAUCGGUCCCAGAAAAAUAGAAGAGCUGUCGUGCUUGAUUGCGAAAUGGUGCAGGUAGAGGGAAAUUACAGGGAACUGGCAUACCUGACUGCAGUUGACUUCCUCACUAGCGAGAUUCUUAUCGACAACUACGUGCAGCCGACAAAGCGAGUCAGGAGCUGGAACACACGAUACAGUGGAAUCUCCUGCGCCGAAAUGAAUCGUGCCCGUGCAGAAGGGCGAGCCUUGAAUGGAUGGCAACAUGCCCGACAAGUUUUGUGGGAGUAUGUGGAUGCAGACACCGUGCUCAUCGGCCAUGCUCUCCAAAAUGAUCUCAAGGUCCUUGGCUUCUACCAUUCAAAGAUUGUGGAUUCUCAAGUCCUCACCUCGGAGGCUGUCAGCAUUCUUCUCCCGUUAAACAUGUCCCUGACCCGUAGAUGGGGAUUGAAGACCCUGGUCAAAGAACUUCUGAAAGAUGACAUUCAAGUCGGCAAAAAGGGACACAGUGCCUUGGAAGAUACCCUUGCCACAAGAGACCUUGUCAUUUGGUGCCUUAGAAAUCAAGAGCUCCUCGACGUAUGGGCGCAGAAAAACCGAGACGAAGAGGUGCGCAAGAUCCUGGAGGCGAGACAGAAGGCCGAAGAGAACAGGAAGAAGAGGUUGGAGAAGGAGAAGCAAAUGGAAGAGCAGGCCGAAAGGAUCCUCCAUGCUAUAUAUUAUUAG